AAACACAUACAGACAACCUCUCAAGCUGAAUAAUGGAAUAAUUUGAUAAGUAGAAGAUAUGGAGUCUUUUAAAAUGCAAAAAUAUGGGACGGAGGAUGAAGAUGAACCCAGAAGCCGUAUACCUUCUAGGAGGAACUCGGGACCCUUCUCUAGAAGAGGGAGUAUACAGGAGCCGGAGAAGAAGGUCUCCGCUUCAGCAUCCAGCUCUUCAACACCGAAGAAAGUUUCAAAGCCGAGCUUAAGCUUCAUCGUCACCGGGAAGCAGUUAUUGAAGAGAAGCGACAGAGCGAACUCGCUUCCCGGAUCGUAUCAUCGUCGCCAGUCAGCUGAUUCUUUGACAAAAUCGAAGAGAAGCCUCGACUCGCCACGAAAGAACAAAACGGCACACUCGAAGAGUCGCGACACCUCUUUGGAGUAUGACAUGACUUUGGAUUUAUCGCAGGUUUCAGAUUUUGACGUUAAAAAUGCUAAAUACGUAACGAAAGAGAAGUUCGCGACCUCCACGCCGAAGAAGUCCAGCCAAAAGACCAGACCGCUAUAUACGAAUGAACGGAGGGAGACCAGCUUGGAGUCCAAGGCGAGUGCUGUGUCGUACAGUCGUGAGAGCGUCAGCAAGAUCUCGUCACCUGCAACUUAUCGGCAAGGAGUCAGCACCGAGUUUGACUACUCCUCGAUGUCACCGGAGUGCUCUGGUCCAUCAUCAGGGGACAGCAUCGCGGGGAUAGCGCAGGACACCCUGGUCUCGCCACGGAGUCAAGAUUUUCAGGACUCGAGUUACUGCGUGAGCACGUGCGAGUCACGAGAAUUGGGCGAGUGGGGCCACUUCUGGGCAAACUAUAAUAACUCCUUAGCAAGAGUGCCCAUCAGUCGCUACUACGACCAGUGCCCGACACAUUAUCGCUCUGAUGACGUCGAUUUGCCGGAUCUAGAUUUUCCAACGGACGGUUCGAAAAUACGAUCUCCUGAUAAUAUUAAAACUAUAAACAAUAUAAUUCGAAACGAGGGACUACGUCUGACGCCUCGUGAAACACAAAAUAUUAUAAAAUGCGCGCACAUGCUCGGUAAUGUUCUAACAAAGGCCAUAGAAAGACAAUCGAAAGACUAUUGCCCGGAAAAAAUACAGGAAUUAAACAACGGGAGCGCAAACCCAGAAAAGGAAUUAAAAAAGAAAACGAUGACGUUGAACUUGAAAGAGACGGUGUUACCCGUGGAAGUGAAAGAGGAAAAGAGAUGGGAGACCGUUCCGACGCAGACCGAUAUCUCGCUGCCGAACACAAAAAGCGCGCCAAUUAUAUUCGAAAAUAUUUUAAGGCAGCUAUCGAUGAGUUCGAUCGACGAAAGUGAUAAAAAUGUUGAAAAUGAUCAUAAUAAAAUUGAAGCAAAUAAUGUUGAUUGA